AAGGUUAUUAACUUAUACCAGGAAUCGAGAUAAUCGAACCGGAGAGCACUGUACUCUCUUAACUAGGAUUUCGGUCUAAUUCAUUUAUAAUUAUACUCAUUUAAAGGUUCCUUUGUUAAAGUUAAUAAAGUAUGCGUGAGGGCGAAACCAAAGAUUAUUUUCAGUUGGUGCACAAAUGCUAAAAUAGGUGUAAACUUACAUAUGAUUAUAGGUGUAGACAUCAAAUUUGUUAAGAAAUAUACUAAAUUUUAAAAUUAUUAUGGGGGCAAGUCAAGCAGCGCGAACUUUUCAUGGUGAGAUCGUUAAAUUUAAUUACUAUAUUAUAGAGUUAGAUAGUCUUUGGGUAAUUUAACGAAUUAAUAUUCAAAUCUUAUGAAAAAGUUAAAUCGAUUAUUUUCAAAUUGUUUUUGUAUGUUUCUUCUCCAGAACCAAACCACCAGAUAAUGGAAAAUAGCUAUAUCACCUGCUCCAUUUCAUCAACUCCAUCUUCUUCUUUUAACUCUUUUACUUAAUAUAUUCAUUCUUGUCUAUAUAUAUAUACUUCCAGAAUUUGCUUAUCACAUAAUUCAAACAACAAUCUUGUCUUCUCUGAUCAUCCUUCUUGUUCAAUGGCAGGUCAAAAUAUACUCUCUUUCUUGGUUAUAGCUCUCUUUGUUACUUUCGCAGCUGCUGCUCGGUUUCUUGACGAAGAAGAUACAUUCCCAGCCACAACCACCCCAGGCUCAGGUCCCUUCCCUGGUCCUUUACCAGCGUCUGGCUCAAAUUCUGCUGGAACUGGUUCAGGCUCUGCAGGAACCGGUUUCGGUGCAGGAACAGGAUCAGUACCAUCAAGUGGUUCAGGUCCUACUGCCACCAGUCUCGGUGCAGGUACAGGGCCAGUCUCAUCAAGUGGUUCAGGUUCUUUGACUACUACUGGUUCUGGUCCUCUACCAAUCCCUGGCUCUGUUCCUGGUCCUUUACCGGUUGGUGGUGGUCCAGGCUCCUUGCCUGCCACUGGUCCCGGUCCUUUACCAGCUGCUGGUUCAGCCACCGGUCCUGGUGUAGGUACCGGGCAAGCCCUUGGUGGUGGUGCAGGUGCUGGUCCAGCUCUUGGCGGUGGUGGUGGUAUUGUAGGUCCUGACCACACAUUAGUGUUCUUUAUGCACGACAUACUCGGCGGUUCGAACCCCACAGCGAGAGCCGUAACCGGAGUCGUCGCAAACCCGGCUUUGAGUGGUCAACUCCCAUUCGCUAAACCCAAUGGCGCAAACCUUCCCAUAACCAACGGAGUUCCAUCUAACAACAACAACAACGGAAUCGUCAACAACAACAACGUCCCUCUUCUCGUUGGACUCGGCGGAACCACAGCCAACAUUCUCCAAAACAACGGAAAUAACGGAAACAACAACCUUUUAAACGGUCUGCCAGUGGCUAACGGCGGCCAGCUCCCGAGCGGUUCUGCUCUACAGAUGCUUAUGUUCGGAACGAUGACUGUGAUAGACGAUGAACUAACUGAAGGGCAUGAACUGGGGUCUGGUCUGCUCGGGAAAGCGCAGGGGUACUAUGUGGCGAGUGCGGUCGAUGGAACUAGCCAGACGAUGGCGUUUACUGCCAUGUUUGAGAGCGGUGGUUAUGAAGAUAGUAUAAGCUUCUUUGGUGUUCAUAGGACAGCGGCUUCGGAAUCGCAUUUAGGAGUUAUGGGAGGUACCGGGAAGUAUGUGAACGCCAGAGGGUUUGCGAUUGUGAAGACGUUUACAGGAUCUAGCGGGACGCAGCAGCAGCAGCCGCAUCAGUUCACUGAUGGACUUGAGACUGUUCUCCAGUGUACUGUUUAUCUAUCUUACUAGUUUUGCUUUGUUUUCCUCUUCUUAUGUUGGAGUUUGGGAAUGUUUGGUUGGUGCAUGUGGUUUUAUCAGUUGUAAUCUAAAUGUGAAAGAGUUGUGUAAGAAAAUAUAUGAAACUGGACUUUGUGUUUAACUUUUGUUUUUGUUUUUGUUUGUGAAGUUGAAGUUUUCAGUUCUUUCUGUUUUGCAUUUUCAAGACAACUCUCUUUAUGCAAAUGAGAGAAAAGGCUAGAGAGUUUUUCUUAUAAAAUAUAUUUAAAGAUAAACCCUUAUGCAAGAAAAAUAGUCUCCCUUGGUAUUAAUAAAAGGAAUUGCAAUAAUGUUGGUAUAUUGAAUUUGCUAGAAACUUUUAUCUUUGUUUUUGUCGAGAUAUUUAAAAGGUAUCUUUUGUUAUGAAAAUUGUAUGUUAGUUUUGUGCUUCAGUUACAUUUAAAUUAAACAUGAAACUGCUUCAAUCAAAUAAUAACAGAGAGUAACAAAGCAAUAAAGAAGCUAAACGAGACAAGAGAAUGAGACAACAAUAGCUCCAAGCUGGUUUAAUGAUGGGCUUCGGGUUUGGAAGUCUGUAACCAGUUGUUGAGACGCUCCAUAGCUGACAAGUCCACCUUUUUGGGAAAAUUAGGGUAAGUAACAGCUUUAGGUACUGGUCCCACCAUCACUCAAAGUUUAAGCCCAACUUCACAAUAACCAGAUUAUGAAAUAAUGAACUCCUGGUUCGGUAAGGCUAAUAAGAUUGUGUCAUGUCUUGUGCACAGCUACAGGAGAAGUUGGAUCACAUGUCAUGAAUUCUAAAUCACCGUUGAUUUCGUAGACGUCGUUGACUUCGUUGGCGUAUUCGAAAAUUUGAGAAUCUCCAACAUGAAACUGUUUCUCCUCAUUCCACUUGUUAUAGAAGUCACUUUUUAUCACUUUGAGUCUCCGACCUUGUAGGCUUUUCUGACAGGAAGGAUCUUUCUAGGUGUUGGUGGAGGAACCGGACGUAAAGGGUCAUGGAUGACAAUAACAUAGAUGACAAGAACUUUGAGUUUCUGUCCCAAUAUGCACUGAGCUUAGUUUGAGGUGAUGAAAUAGUGAAAACUUAGUUACUUCGUCCUUGGCUGUCCAUCCCUCAGAGUCUCCGACUUUGUAGACCCUUGCCGAGCAGUAACCCGAGAGAACCGUGAAGAUCAUCAUCAUCCAGUGGCGGAUCCAGAAACUUUUUUAAUUAGGGGCACAUAUACCUCUAUUUAAGCAAAUUUUUAAAAAUUAAUAUAUAAUAAAAUUUACUGCUAAUAAAUUACUGUAUAAUAUAUACUAAAAACUAUUUGAAGUUUUUGUAUUUUCAAAUAUUUUUUUUUAACUUUCUCAUCCCAUUUUAAAAUUAUUUUUUUACUCAAAUGAUAAUUAUUUACUCUAGUGAAUAUAACAAAAACUUAUCUACGAAAAUAUAAACUACAUAUAAAAGAUAUGUAUAUACAUUCCUAGUAAAAUGAGAUAGAUUAUUAAAAUUAAGAAAAAAUGAAAUUUAGUUGACAAAAAUAAAAUAAUUAAUCAUUUUAAAUUUAUGUAGGACCUGAAUGAUAGAAAAGUGAAAGAAAAAAAAUUGAAAUGAAGGAAAGAAACUAGAGGUAGAGUCAUAUUGGUACAGAGAAAAAGAUAUACAUGUCUCUUUGUUUGAAAACUUUGAAUAUACGCAGAUCCUAUAUAACGAAAAUAAAAAUGAAAGGGAAAAUACAAGUUCAACUGAAAACAAGGAAAAUAAAAAAAUGAAACAGGAGAAAGUUGAACCCGAGACUUUGGAUUUCAACCGAGGGAUAUCAAUGCCACUUGACCAAACAAUUCACCGUACAUAAGCUAAAACUAAAAUUAUUUAUAUUUAGUAGGGGGCACGUGCCCCCAUACCUAUCAAGCUACAUCCGCCCCUGUCAUCAUCAUCACAAACACGAAGCUGAGGAUUCUCGUUCUUGUUGCCAUUAUCAAACAAGAAAGAUCACAAGAAUGAUCGAUGAGAGAAAGUUUUGGAAGCAAAUCUUGAACUAGCAGAUCCUAUUUUCCUUUCUACUUUAUUUCCUUUCUAAUGUUCUAAACCGCUUCAAAAAAGAUACACAUCUCUAAUCUGGAAAAGGAAAGAAUCACGUUUAAAAUCCCCAAUACUUUUCUGAUCAGGUUCGAUUAUGAUUUAUAGUUUAUCUAAUUUCAUCAGAAAUCUUAUUCUUGGUUCACAAUGAAGAAAUUGAUAUCUACUUUAUUUUGGUACUAAUAAAUACACCGAUUACUAAUUUUAAUUUUGUUGUUUCCUAUUAAUUUUCGUAUAGAAUAACGAGCCAAGAAUUGUGGGCUUUUCUAUAUUUGAUAUGUUGGAUUUGGUUCAAAUCACUAAACCGAACGAGUGAAGAAAGUCAGGUAUGAUUCCGGCUCAAAACCUACAUUGCUACAUCGCACUCACUCCACGGUUAUGUUCCGGUCAAAAAUAGUGAUUGGACAAUGACACAAACAGAGAUUUGGGUACAUGCAUACCAAAAAUGGGCUAGGGGUCUUAAGUCAGAUUAUUAAGUCUUUUAGGAUCAACUAUAUAUAUAUUAAACUGUUUUAGCUAGUAUUCUUUGCUCUCAUUCCCUUCAUGGGUAUCACAGAUUGAAAUCCAUUUCCUACACAGCUUUUAGUUCUCUUGAUAUAUCAACUUUAGGCUUCAGAUAUUUUUGGCUUGGAAUCCUUUAAUUUUCAGAGCGGGUUAUGUACACAAAUAUCAUCAUUUAUCUCUAAUGCAUUAACCAACAGAGUUUUGUUCCUCCAUAAGUUUAGCUAGUAUCGUGCUUUUGUAGCAUAAACUAUUGAAACUUACAUGGUUGGCUUUUGUUUGAAGGGGUAUAGGUUCUUUUGACACUUUUGUGCAUAGUUAUAUUGUGACCAUCUUUUCACCGUUUAUCUUACUACAAAUAUUGCCAUGCAUGCAGUUUUGCACUAACACAUGCUAAGUUACAAAAAAAAUAUGGAUUGUCACUACUGUUCGUGAAAAUAAUGUUUUUGGGGGUUAUAGUGCUCAGAGACUCGCGAAAAUCCUUACUAUAUAUCUUCCACGUGACGUUUUCUGCUUGUUUUACAGAAAAUUUGCUUUUGGUGGUGUGUUAUAUACCACAAAUUCGGAGGGAUUAAAGUAAUACGAAAUAAAUUAGGUAUUCUAAAAUGGGGAUGUAGCUCAAAUGGUAGAGCGCUCGCUUUGCAUGCAAAGGUGUUGUGGGCUUGCAUAACUUCCUUAAAUAAACAGAGAAGUUCGCGACAACGAAUCAAAGAUCAUAUGGCCCUGAAGCAUACACAAAGCCCAUCAUUUUUUUUUUUGAUCAACAAGCCUAUCAAUUCAACACGUUAACAUCCCUCAAAUACUAAAGUGGAUACCGGCUAUUUCGCACUUUCGGUGUGUAUAUUAAAGAUAAGACUAGUCGUGUGAUUGCUGCUACUUAUCAUGAGUUUUUUUCUUC